AUGACGUUCGUCAUACUUAAACAUUUAAUACUUUUGAUAUUCUAUCCUCUUUAUUCUUCAAGUUUGAAAUGCUACGAAUGUACAGGCUAUGUUCCAUGUGGCAGUGGUCAAACUCAUCUACUUGUUAAUUGCGGUGGUAAAUGCAUGGUCUAUCAAAACCAAUAUGAUGGGAACGUAAUAAUACGCCGUUGUUGUUGGAGUAAUUGUGGUGGUGAUGGAGUUAGUUUUUAUGAAGGACGUCUGACGUAUUUUUGUUCCGGAGAUAUGUGCAAUGGAGACAUAGCAGAUAUAAAUCUUAUAGAACAAGGAAGUGGAGAGGAACCAGAAACAACAACGCCUUCCAGCGUGUCAACAUUGUCAUCGACGAUAACAACCGGAAAAACAACCUCGAUGAAUACUGCAUCAUCUUCAUUGACUUGUUAUGAAUGUACUGGCCACUAUUCGAAGUGUGGUAUUUCACAGGACGCAGUUUUACGCAACUGUCGAAUGUGUAUGGUUUAUCGAAAUAUUUACGAUGGCAAUACAGUCGUUCGACGCUGUUGCACGUGGGGUUGCGGACCAUCGGGUUCAGUGCAGCAAUAUGAAGGUCGCCAAGCAUAUUUUUGUUCAUCGAAUCUAUGUAAUGGAAUAGGUGCCGAAUCAAUAUUGACUAGCAGGAUAGGCAUUCCAUUUGUCCCCGAUUGGUAA